AUUUUAAAUAACUUAUAGCCUCGGCGUUAUGCUUAGCGACCAUAUCCCAAUGAAUUUGCUGCUUUAUAUUUCUGGUUUGUUGAGCUGUGACCGGAUUUUUGUGCAGAGAGUUUGUUAACCCCGGUUAGCAAGCUAGCGAGCGAGCUAAGCUAAACUAGCUCCAUGUAAUGUAGUCUGUAGCUAACUGGCGGAUAAAGCGAAUUUCCGACCAAACACACGCAGAUUGUUGUCACUGACCGUCGCUGCCCAUGUAAACCAAGAGAAUGAGUUGAGCACACGAAUGCGAUUUAAUGGUCUCUCUUCGGGAGAUCGUCUUCAGGAGAAGGAAUGGAUGAGCAGAAAUCAAACUGCGAAGAAAAUGAUUCAGAAAAAGCAGCUGAUGACAAUGCCUCUUCAAACGAGACCGUCCUGUCUCAGGGGGACUCGGAAGCCCCUUUUGCUGCAGAGGACAUCUCAGGCACUACUGUGGACCCUUCCAAUGCACCAGCGGAGAUCGUCAGAGCCUGUGCGCUUUGCAACUGUGUCGAGAGAAGUCUUCAUGGACAGAGGGAGCUCCGGUGUUUCCGGUCCUCUUCCCAUCGGCCCAAUCUGGAGCCGACUACCUCUUCACUGCCAUUAGCUGGAAACGAUGACCUGUCUUCCAUUGGCUUCUCUGAACUCAUUAGUCCUGUGUCUCUCUUUGAUGACAAAGGGAUUUGUUGGGUUCACCACUGGUGUGCAGUAUGGUCAGAAGGGGUGCAAAAGGGCAGGGGAGAAGAGCUGAUAAAUGUGGAUAAAGCGGUCAUCUCAGGGAUACAACAGCCGUGUGAUUAUUGUAAAAGGAUGGGUGCGACCAUCAGGUGCCGUGCUGUGGGUUGCUCACGGUCCUAUCACUUCCCUUGUUCGGCUGCGAGUGGAUCGUUUCAGUCCAUGAAGCAGUUGGCUCUUCUAUGUCCUGAGCACAUAGAGCAGGCAGAAGAGAUGGCUGGAGAGGAGGCACGCUGUGUGGUAUGUGACUCGAACUCUGCACGAGAGCUUCCAGGGUUGCUGUACUGCACAGGCUGUGGGCAACACUACCAUGAUGCCUGUCUUGAGAUCAGCGCCACACCACUCCAGCGCUCUGGCUGGCAGUGCCCAGACUGUAAGGUGUGCCAAACCUGCAGGCAACCAGGGGAAGACUCCAAGAUGCUGGUCUGUGAUGCAUGUGACAAGGGCUAUCACACUUUUUGUUUGCAGCCAGUCAUGGACUCUGUACCCCCUGAUUCUUGGAAGUGCAAACGGUGUCGUGUGUGUACUGACUGUGGGGCUCGAGGGCUUACUCUCCCUGGUUCCGAGCAGUGGUUUGAGAGCUAUUCAGUCUGCGAAAGCUGUCAGAGACGGCGCAUGUCUGUCUGUGGGAUUUGCAGUAAGGUCACUGAAUCAUCCGUGACACUACAACACCGCUGUUCCAUCUGUCACAGAUGGGUACACAGUGAAUGUGCCUCAGUCUCAGAACCUCCAGAUGAAAAAUGCAUCUGCAUUAUCUGCAGAGAAGCGCAGACUGUCUCUGAAACGGAGCUGCCAUCUACACGGGUGGACGAAAAAACAGAUCCAGAGGAGCCCAUGGAGUUGGAAGCAGAAGCUGAGUUUGUUGAAAUGGAAGAAGUUCACAAGAGCAUUACGGAAGAGGGAUCACAUCAAGAGAAGAUUGUGGAUUUUACUAAGCCACACCUGGGUGGUCAAGACUCUACUCAAGAGCAUACCUCUGUGGCCAGGGUUUCAGGUGUCGGCGAUGACAGCCGAGUCACACAAGGCUGUAGUGAAUCUAUUGCUGAUGGUGCUGUUGGUAUGGAGGAUGAACCUAAAGCUCAGGCCACAGAGGAAAGUCUUGCGAACCCGGUCACCGACACUAUGCUGGAAACUGUACCUAAAGUGGCAGAGCCCCAUGCAGAAGAUGUUCGGCUACAAAAGGAAGCCAGUAGACAGGGAAAGGAAUUGAGUAGUAAUAUGAACGUUACGGUCACAGAACCUACUCUGGUCUCUUCCUCGUCACCACCUCCUCGGAUUCUUCUUCCUGCUGUUUUAGAUGAAGUGAAACCUGUUGCAAUGGACAUCUCGGAGGUGCAGAACGAGGUAUCGGACAGGACUUCUCCUCCUGUUCCUCAGGUGGAACCCUCUGCCUCUGACACAGAUGACCGAGCAGGUCAGUCAGAGGACGACGAAGAAGAGGAAGAGCUGUUAGACGAGACGCACUGCAAGGAUGAGAGUCAGGUCGAGGAUAUUCCAAAGCAGAAGGCUGAUGCUCAGGAAAUGAGCAUCAAGUCAGAACUGCUUCUGGAUGAGAUGUCUAACAUGAGCCACGGCGAUGAGAGUAGCAGCGGCUUCCUCGGCUCACCAGGAGAGGUGGACUCUCAGAUGGACCUUAGUGUCGUGCCAGCAGGCAGGGCGCGCUCCGAUUCCUUGCUCACCGAGAGCGAUGAGUUUUUGCCCUUUGACCCUCUCAAGUCUGAUGGAGAGAAGUUAAAGCGACGAGGAUCUCCAGGUCGCUCCAGAGUGAAGCAGCAGGGAAGGGGUGGUGGUUUCCCAGGGAGGCGACGGCCGCGAGGUGGAGGGAGCGGAAGAGGGCGAGGGCGAUCACGUUUCAAAGCUAUGGCCUCUUGCGUUGAUGCUUUCAUACAAACCCUGAACGCGGCAGACACUGGACUGAGCAAAGAGGAGGAGGAGGAGGAGGACGAUACAAUGCAGAAUACAGUGGUGCUUUUCUCCAGCACUGAUAAAUUCGUUCUUUUGCAGGACAUGUGUGUUGUGUGUGGCAGUUUCGGGCGAGGUGUAGAAGGUCAGCUGCUAGCUUGUGCUCAAUGCUCCCAGUGUUACCAUCCAUACUGUGUAAACAGCAAGAUCACAAAGAUGAUGCUAAGAAAAGGCUGGCGUUGUCUUGAGUGUAUUGUUUGUGAGGUGUGUGGGAAGGCUUCUGAUCCAUCACGGUUACUACUGUGUGAUGACUGUGACGUCAGCUAUCACACCUACUGCUUGGAUCCGCCGCUGCACACAGUGCCAAAGGGAGGCUGGAAGUGCAAAUGGUGUGUGUGCUGCAUGCAUUGUGGGGCCAGCUUACCAGGGUUUCACUGCGAGUGGCAGAAUAACUAUAACCACUGUGGCCCUUGUGCCAGUCUGGUCACAUGCCCUGUAUGCCAUGAGAACUUCAUGGAAGAAGAACUGCUUCUCCAGUGCCAGUACUGCGACAGAUGGGUACAUGCUGUUUGUGAGAGUCUUUAUACUGAGGAUGAGGUUGAACAAGCAUCUGAUGAGGGCUUUGCUUGUACAGCUUGUACUCCAUAUGUUUCCAAAACUGUUGUGGAGUCCCCGAUGAUGUCGGCUUUCAAAAUGAAGGAACCUGAGCCACAGAUCUACCGCCUGGAAGGUGUCUGGCUUACAGAGACAGGAAUGGCUUUGCUGCGUAGUAUUUCCAUGUCACCAGUGCAUAAGCGCAGACAGCGACGUUCCCGAUUGGGUACCAUCUGUAUUGACGGAGCUCCUGAAGGCCUGGAACUGAAAGAGGGCGAUGGUGAUGGAGAGGAGGGGAAAGGCUGUGCCGAGUCAAUGGAGUGUGACUCUAAACUGGAAGCUCCUGGCAGCCCAGAUCGUGAAGGUGGUAUGGACAAGGAGCCAGGGGUUGAUGGAGCUACAGAGGGGACCGCUGACUGCGAUGCUCUUAAAGGAGCAGAUGAAACGGAUGAAGGAAAGAAGAGGAAGCGUAAACCAUACAGGCCAGGCAUUGGAGGGUUCAUGGUCCGGCAAAGAAAAUGUCACACACGGAUGAGAAAGAGUCUGUCUACAUCUGGUGAUGGUGUGUCUGAAGGACAGGCAACAGAGACAAAGCUUGAAGAAGGCCCUCAUCCUGACAUGGAUCCACCUGAUGUUAAGGCAGCUGAGGGAGACGGUGAACUUGCCAAAAAGCGUAGAGGGAGAAAGAAAAGCAAAUUGGAAGACAUGUUUCCUGCAUACCUGCAAGAAGCUUUUUUUGGAAAGACGUUGCUUGACCUGAGUAAAAGGGCUUUUCUGGCCCCGCCAGCCCAGAGACAUUCUCAGGGCAUGCCAAGACCCUCAUUACCAGCUGCUGGCAGUAGACCUACAGCUUCAGAAUCAGUAGAGGUUGAAAACCGAGCACCUGAUCCAACCCUGCAGCUUAAGCGAGAGGCUAAUGGCUUAAAGCCUCAAGGAGAGAUAAAACGAGCAGGAGAGCAACCCUCUAUCAGUGAUCAGAGUUUAGGUGACACACCUGCUUCAAACAUGCAGAAAAAUGGAGGUCUUCCACAGGGGACAGAAAAGCAAGACUCUGAGCAAUUCUUCCGGAAGGUACUUGGACCCUCGGAUGGGAGCGCACUAAGUGGGAUAAUUCAAACUAAUAUGAGGCCUGUCCUAGAAGGGGAGAGUAAUCGCAGUGGUUUGCCCCUGAGAAACCUUCCUGGUGCUUCCACAUCAGGCUCAUUGCCCUCAGCGAGUAUGAUGGAGCCAUUUCCAGGACUUUCCCAGUCCCCAUUUUUUGAUUCACUUGAUCGUGGUGGAAUUUUUAGUCCAGAACAGGAUGAGGAAAGCCCUUGGGCAACACCUUCCACUCCAGCUACUCCCACUACUCCUCCAACUCCUACUGAACAGGAGGGAGAUGGCUUGUCAUACAAUCAGCGAAGUUUACAGCGCUGGGAAAAAGAUGAAGAACUUGGAAAUCUAUCCACGAUUUCCCCUGUACUCUAUGCUAACAUCAAUUUCCCUAAUCUCAAGCAAGACUACCCUGAUUGGGCAAGCCGCUGCAAGCAGAUAAUGAAGAUUUGGAGGAAAGUAUCAGCUCCUGACAAGGCUCCCUUUUUGCAAAAGGCCAAAGAUAACAGGGCAGCUCAGAGAAUUAGCAAGGCACAGAAGCAAGCAGAAAGUCAGGUGUUAAGGCCUGUUAAAACCGAGCCAGUAAGGAUAAAAGGGGAGCGCCCCAGUCUGCACCUUCAAAUUCCGCCACCCUCUGGCUCUCUUUCCACUCCCUCUCAGCCUAGCUCUGCUGAAAGCGCAUUUCCCUUUACCCCAGGUACUGCAUCUUCAGUUUUUUCUCCAGAUGGAUCUCUGAAGGCCUCAGGUUCAACAGACAUUCAUAUCGACUCCUUUCCCAAGCCUCCAUCUCAGUCCCCUCAUGCUCAGUCUCAACCGUCAACUCCUUAUUCACAGCCUUCCUUUAGCCCUCUGAAGACCUCCUCAGGUUACCCUUUACCUGGCCCACAGGGUGCUCCUCAGGGACGGCCAACCAUUCUUGGUUCUCACGAUAUGCAGCCAGGAACGCCUCGCAAGGCUCAGCAGGUUGACCCGUUCUUUAAACCUCAGCAGCAGAUCCUUCCACCCCAACCCCAACAGGCAUCUCAGGAACCCGCUGGGCUGCCUGAGUCUCCUCGGCCAAAGGCAAUAGGGACUGGAGACUCUCCUUUGUUCUCCCCACCCCACCCAACUCCCCAUGGAGACCCAAUUCGUGGCCGACAGGAGUACACUUCAGCUUCGUCCCCCUCUACUGUUGCGUCAUCGCCAGGAGGAAUGCUGCAGAACAGAGCAGACAUGAGCGUUCCUUCUCCACGUGCCUCUACUGGUCUAGGCACAAAUUCCCCUGCAGGGAUGGGGGACUCUGGAGAUGGCUUGUUCAAAGCUCCUAUGACACCACGCAUGCAUCAGGGUGAUACUGGGACCUCAUCUACUCCACUUCCUCCUAGUCUUUCUCCUAAUCACCCUCCCGAGAGCUAUCGCCAGUCUCCCUCUGCUUUUUCUGAUUCAUGUGCCCAGUCUCCUCUUACACCUCGGCCCCAGUCAGGAGACGGUUCAUCCACCUUGCUUCAGAGACCGCCUAUACCCCAGCAAGAAUCUUAUCCAAAAGUUGCUUCUAGCCCUCAAUCACAAGGUAGUUCUCCUCUUACUCCAGGAGCUCUCUCUAAUGAUGGACACUCUGUGCAGUCACCAGCUACCCCACGCUUUCAGUCUCCAGACCCUCACUCACGGCCACCCUCACGGCCUCAGUCCAGAGAUCCUUUCACCUCACUGCACAAACCUCCUCGUCCAGCCUCAGCAGUCACAGAGGCUCCCUUUAGAGGAUCACCUCAUUCCAACCAGCAGCCUCCUUGUUCACCAUCAGUAGGUGAUCCAGUAAGUGGAAAACCACCUGGUUUUAGUUGCAGCCCCAGCAUGGAUCCCCUUCAGAUUAGCCAACCUCAAGCAGUAAGCUCAAAACAAGUAAAAACUUCCCAGCAAUCAUCUAUUCCACCAACCAUGACUGCUGAUUUAAAUGCUAAGACACAGCUGCCAGCUGGAAAUCCAGAUGGACAUCAUUUACCAGUCAUACAAACCACUCAAGAGCUGCCUGACCUUUCAGCUGGACAGGACCAGUCACUUAUUGGCCUUAAUCCAUCAGACCUUGAAAAGCAUAGACAGAAACAGCGACUUAGAGAAUUUUUGAUCAGACAGAAAAUGCAAAGGAACUCGCUUCGGCAGGAGAAAGAGGCAAAUGCACCUACUAAUACUGCUCCAAAUUGGCAAGAAGGUGAAAUGGCUGUUUUUCAACAAGAUAAAUCCCAGCGAGCACCACCUCCUUAUCCGCAGGACAGAGCAGCUGCUGCUCAAGCUGCCAUCCCAGGCAAGCUGCCUCUGCCUAUGGGAACAGUAGAUGAGAAGCUGUGUCGCCCUCAUCCUACUCCUCCUGGAACACCUAGUAUCAUGGACCCUAAUGUACUAAGGCAACCUGGCGCUAAUGUUUCCCAGGGGAUGUAUCCACGUCCACCAUUUCCUGCACAGUGGCAAGGUCAGGUUGCUGGUCCACGGAGGUUCCCACAACCAUCCAUGAUGGAAAUUAGACCCAGGCACCACCUUAAUGCUCCUUUAAGCAACCCUCUUAGUAUGCAAGGGAUGCAAGGCAUGCCUAAUCCUCUUGCUGUGUCACAAGGCACUGGGCCCGAGACAAUGCAACACUCUGGACCUCCACCACAGUUCAUAGAAUUAAAACACAAUGCUCAGAGGUUACCAAUUGGACCCCAGUUUUUGGUAAGGGCACCUCAGCCCCGACCACGCCUGUUUAUACCACAGCAGGAUAUGCCUGCUGGAUUUGUCUCAACAUCCUUAGCACCUUCUUUUACUACUCAGGGAGAAGGUGCGCAAGGUCCCAGACUUGGGUUGCCACAACCUAAUUUGGGCCAGUUAAUGACGCAGCAGAGCAAUAUUCCUCCGUCUCAACCUCAACUACAGUCACAGGAGGUCCCAUCUACCCAUUCAGACACUCCUGUCUCCCACACAACUAUUCAGCAGCAGAGUUCUCAGAACAAUGCUACGGGAGAACAGCAGUCUGCAGAAGAAACUGUUGACUUACCAGAGGCUGACCUUGAGGAUCCUUUUGCCGCAAAAGACCUUGGAGAAGCAGGGCCAGAAGCUGGAGUCGAGGAUGAGGAUGAUCUUGCACUUGACUUGGAUCCUGAUAAAGGGGAUGAUGAUUUGGGCAACCUUGACAACCUUGAAACAAAUGAUCCCCAUUUGGAUGAUCUGCUUAAUAGUGAUGAGUUUGACUUGCUUGCAUACACUGACCCUGAACUCGAUCAAGGUGACCCCAAGGAUGUUUUUUCUGAUCAGUUACGGCUUGUUGAAGCAGAAGGUGAGGGUUCAGGCACUAAGGCGGAAGAGAAACCUAAAGUUGGCGUAACUGCCAAGCAGUCACUUGCAGCUUCCACACAACUACCUUUAAAGUCUGAGGCUUCCACAGCUUCCAGUGUUUCUCUUCCUCCCAAGACAGAGCCUUCAGAUACCAGUGAACUUGCUACAGUAAAACUCGAAGAGAAAAGCUUGAUUGAUCCUCAACAGUCAGCACAGACUGUAGUUAAAGAUGAGAUGGGUGAUGCUGUCUCUUUGCUUCUUAGUGGAACACCAUCCAAGAUCUCAACUCAGCCAGAGAAUUCACCUGCCUCACUAAGCACUGUUCGCUUGGGUGGAGUUCCAUUUCCUCCCCCCACCCAAGCUAAUACUCUGACUUUUCCUCCAGCUACACCACAUCCUGACUUACCUGAAGAUCCACUUGGUCUGCCUGAUGGUGGUGGCCAGCACUCACCCGCAGUUGAUCUUGACAAAGUAGAAAGCUCACUGGAGGCAAGUGAACUGCCUCUGUUGAUUCAGGACCUACUGGAGCAUGAAAAGAAGGAGCUUCAGAAACAGCAACAGCAGCAGCAAUUGAAUGCUCUACAAGGAGGGUUGAGCAGUCAUCUUCAUACUAUUCAGAAUCAGCAACAGCCUUCUGGGGGACCAGGCCAGAUCUUACUACCCCAUCAUCGUCCGCCUCAAGGUCUUGUGAGUCAACCAGGAAUGGUACCAAGACCUCCUCACAUGCUAACCCCACAGCAGCAGAGGAUGCUUAGUCCAAUGCCUCCACCAGCUCAUGUUGCAGUGGUGCAGUCGCAAGCCAUGAUACGAGCUGGACAGCCAAGCACCAUUCACCCUGUGCUCGAUCCACAGCAACAAGCAGCACCACCUCAACACCAUCCAAAACCACAAACUGUCCCUACCAACUUCUUCCCAGAUAAAGAUCUGGAUAAAUUUAUGGCUGAUGACAUCAUGGAUCCUAUUGCCAAAGCAAAGAUGGUGGCUUUGAAAGGCAUCAAAAGGGUGUUGACUCAGGACCCCAUGAAUGUACCUCCUGGUAUCAAUAGGCAACAGGUCUCCCUUUUGGCCCAGAGGUUGGCUUCAGCACCAGGAAGUGCAGAUGCUCAGGCUCACAUUGGUUCUGGAGCGUCUAAGGAAGGGGAAAGCAGUGAUAAGGCUCAGCCACGACCUAAUCCUCCACAAUUUGUCCAAGGCAUCAUCAAUGAUGCUGAACAACACCAAUAUGAAGAGUGGCUUGUGCACACCCAGCAGCUGCUACAGAUGCAGCUAAAAUUUCUGGAGGAACAGAUAGGUGCACAUCGGAAAUCCCGCAAAGCCCUUUGUGCUAAGCAACGCACAGCUAAGAAAGCAGGACGUGAAUUUGCAGAAGCAGAUGCUGAAAAGCUGAAACUAGUCACUGAAGAGCAAAGUAAAAUUCAGAAACAGUUGGAUCAGGUACGUAAGCAACAGAAGGAGCACACCAAUCUGAUUGCUGAAUACAGAAGUAAGCAGCAGCAGCAUCAACAAGGCUCUUCCAUGCUAGCACCUGGUCCCUCAAACCAGGGACCCCACAUGCUUUCUAAGAUACCUGGGCAGAUGAUGAUGGGUCAACAAGGGGGGCCGAUGAUUGGUCAGGUACCUGGAGGUGUUCCUCAAGGGGGGAUGCCAGUUAGAAUGCCACAAGUACAUCCAUUUACAGCAGGCCAAACUCCUCACCCUGGGGCACUUGGCAGUGCACCACCUGGCCCGCCUGGUGGCUUUUUUCCACAAGGGACUGGUACACAAGGACCAGAUCCCAGGCUUCUUCAGGAAAGGCAGAUGCAACAAAGGAGGCAGAUGGCUCAAAAACUGCAGUUUAUGAUGGGACAGCAACCUGGGACACAUCAAAGCCAAAGCCAUGCUGUUAUGAAUCAGCAGCCUGGCUCUAUAGGUGGUCAAGCACCUCAAGCAUUGAUGAGCAAUGCAUUAAUGGGACAGCAGCAACCAAACUUGCAACUGGGAUUAAUAUCUAACCAGCAACAUCAACAAGGCCUUAUGCAGGUUCCUCAGGGCAUGAUGGGAAACCAGGCAGUUGGGCAGACACAAUCAAAUAUCAUGGCUCAGUCAAUGACUCCGAAUCAAAGUAUGAUGACGGGUCAACAAGGCAUGGCAGGAAAUCAACCAGUGCAACAGCUGCAGAGACCUCAGGGUUUGAUGGGCCAGCAAGUUUCCAGUGAACCACAGCAUGUUCUUAGAGGGCCACAAGGCCAGCUUACUCCUCAGCAGCAAAGUGUUCUGGCACAGUGCAUGCUUCUUUCACAGCAACAGCAGAAUACAGCAAAGAAUCUUGCACAGCUCCAACAGCAGCAGCAAAUAACACAGCAGCAGAGGCAACUGGCACAGAUGGGUGCCUCAGAAAAGCAAGGGACAAUGGGAACACCCCCUUCAAGCGGUGUUCAAGGAAAUGUUGAUAAUUUGCAGCAGGGAGUUUCAGGCCUCUCUCAAGAUGUUAAAAGCCCAGCUUCUAAAGAUGGUGGAAUCCUUAGCCCUAAAACCCCACCCCAGCAAGCUGGGUCCUCGACUCCAAUCCAGAAGCAGCACGGGUCAAGUGGGGAUCUGCAGGGUGCAGUUGGUCAGCAACCAGCAACUGUUGCUUAUAUGGUUCAACAAAAACAACAAGCAACACAGCAGCAGCCAGGACAGAAUGCUGGCUCAGCACAACAGCAUAGCUAUGUAAACAACCAACAGAGUGGGUUACAAUCUCAAGAACAGAUGCAAGUUGCGCUACAACGGCAAAACUCCCUUAAGACAGAACAAGUGAAACAGGAAGGUCAGCCAAUGUGUUAUGGUGCUCAGCAGCUACAACAGGGAGGUCAGAAUGUUGCACAAGUUCAGGGAAUGCUAGCACAGCAGAGUGGCCAGAAUCAGGCUGUAAUAACUGGUAAUCCAAAUCAGCAACAAGAUGCAUUAGCCCAACAACAGCUAAAUAGGAGUCAACAAAUAAUGGCUCAAAGGUCAGGUGCACCUCCUGCUCAAAUACAAGCUCCAAUUAACAUUCAGGCCUUAAUUGGACAGAACCCUCAGUUUUGUCAUCUACCUCCUAACCAGCAGUUGCAGCAAUUUCAGGCAAUGAUUGCUCAGCGGCAGGCUCAACAGCAGAGUCAGAUACUGAGAUUGCAGGGACAGACACAGGGCCAAAUUCGUCCUCAAGGCCCACAACCUGUUGGUCCAAGAAUGCCAGGGCUUGAAGCACAGCAGCAGCACCCCUUUGCGUUUGCUGCGAAGCAAGGUCCAGUUGGAUCUUCACAACAGCAAGGAGUAAUAGGCCAGUCAUCUGUUAUGGCUCCACAGUUUCAGAAUGCUGGAUCGUUGCACCCUCAACAAACUUCACAAGGAGUCUCGCCUCAAUACAACACGACCACUCAACAACAACAACAACAGCAGCAGCAGAUGAUGCAGCAGCAGCAUCAAAUAAUGAGAAGCCAGGUACCUUUGGCACGGCAAAUGGUUGGCCAGGUUCGCCCAACGCCUCUAGGUCACAUGGCAAGACCAAUGUCUCCUCGUCAACUUAUGGGUCAGGGAUCACCUGGCAGCCCCCAUUCUGGUCAGCAAAGACAAAUCAUGGGUAUACGCCAGACUCCACCAAGCCAAGGGCACUGUCUUGGUGUGAGAGCACUUAGCCCCUUUCAGGCUUCCCCUUCUCAUGUUGGUUCUCCUGCUGGCUCCACUGUUCAAGAGGCUGGUUCAAGUCCAGCAUCUUUUAAUAAACAUGACUUUGGUACUACUUCUGUCUCUAACCACCCAUCAACCGCAUCUAGAUCAGACUGUGUUGCUGGAAAAAACAGUCCAUUUAGUAACGUUGGAGCGACAGCAGCCUCACCAUUAAGAUCACCUACAGUUAAGGCCUCACAAGAAGGAUCAGGUCUCAAGUCUGAGCCUCAGGCUCCAGGUGCCCAAAAGCCAACAACUGCAAUUCCACUUAAUGGCCCGUCACCCAAGUCAGUGUCAAACCUAUCACAACCAUCAGGUUCAGCAGCUGUGUUUGAAGGUGAAAUGUCUAAUGAAAAGGAUAUGUGCAAGAUCACACUGCAAAAUAUAAAACAGGAACCUCGAGAGAUUAAUUGUGAUUCGGGAGAUAACGGAGAGGCAGCUUCUGCAACUAUUAAGCGAGAAAUCAUUAGUGACUCCCUUAAUACCGGUAAUAUCUCAGGCCCUGGAAAUCCACCAGGUGACACAAUGGGCCAGAUUCCCAGAACAGAGACAGGCCAACAACUUCUACAGAAGCUCCUUCGAACCAAGAGUCUUCAGGUACCAUCACCGAGGACAUCUGAUGGUAUCCACAAUGAAAUAAAUGGACAUAUCAACAGUAAGCUAGCAAUGUUGGAGCAAAAGCUUCAGGAGACACCACGUAACAUGGAGGACCUCCAGUCAAUCACUAAAAGACCACCUGUAACGAAAGCCAAGCGGACUACAAAGGCUGGAGAGCGGGGAGCAAAUGCUCGAAAAAAGAACAAAAAAGACGAGGUUGGCAAAACAGAAGCAAUAAUGAAGCAGCUGAAACAAGGACUGUCUCUUCUUCCUUUGAUGGAGCCCUCCAUUACUGCUAGCCUGGAUUUGUUUGCUCCAUUUGGUAGCAGUCCAGCUAACGGCAAAACACAGUUGAAGGGCUCUUUUGGAAAUGCAGUAAUAGACAAUAUUCCAGACUACUAUUCCCAGCUCCUCACUAAGAAUAACCUAAGCAAUCCGCCAACACCACCUUCGUCACUUCCCCCAACUCCACCUCCUUCAGUGCAACACAAGCUUUUGAAUGGAGUGACUGCAGUAGAGGAACUAGCAGAAAGCCAGAAAGAGAGAGAGACUUCGGAGGACACCACAGACCCUGUUGCUGAAGAGGUGAAGAGUGUAGACAUACUAGCAGCGCUUCCAACUCCACCACAUAAUCAGAAUGAGGAUGUGAGGAUGGAGAGCGAUGAUGACAGUGAUGUUCCAGAUACCAUUGUUCCUGCAUCAUCACCCGAGAGCCAGUUGGGGGAUGAUGCAUCACGCUUCCCUCACCUACUGGAGCUUAAAGAAGAGGAGGAAAAUAGAGCAAUUUCUCCUGUUAUUCCCAUGAUUCCACGCUCUGCUAUCCCGAGUUUUGCAGAAGCGAAACCAUUUGAGGCAGUAGAGGGAAAGGCUGGUUCCUCGUCUGGUUCCUGGGACAAGGCCAAGAGCAAUGAAGUGGCUGUUACCUUCACCCUCUCGGCAGCUGCAGCCAAAAAUCUGAACUCUGUGAUGGUGGCAGUUGCCCAACUACUGCACAUGCGUAUGCCAGGGUCAUAUGAAGUGGCUUUCCCCCGGAGUCCUGGUAGAGCAGGUGGUGUCGGCCCUGGGAAAACACCGGACUCCUCCAACCCAGGACCUCUGUACGUAAAGACUGAUCCAUCUGCAACCCAGGAUGCAGAAUGGCUGAAGCAGUUUGAUGUCACCUUGCCAGGCUGUACUCUAAAGAAGCAAGUCGACAUUUUGUCUCUGAUCAAACAGGAAUACCCCGAGCAAGAGGAUCGACCAGCUCAGCACUGUUAUAUGACCAACGUUUCAGACCUUGACGUGCGCCAUCUUCCCAUUAUUCCUGUUGAGGUAUCUCCACCGCCUUCACCUCCUCCUCCUCCACCACCACCACUACCACCACCACCACCACCAUCUGUCUCUGCUGAACCCGUCACUCAGUCUGACCCUCAUGCUCAACAAGAACCUGAACCAGAGCCUCCUGCUCAACUCGAGUCACCCUCCUGUUCUAGCACCAGUGCUCCCAUUAAAACAGAGCCAACAAGUGAACCUUUGACAACAGAUCAGAUCUCUGCUGUUAAGACGGAGUCCGAGGAGGCCAUAUUAGCCCCUCUGGUUGGGCCACCUGAGGACGCGGUUUCUGUCUCAGUAUCUGCCUCAGCAUGUCAGGAGUCUUUGAUUACGGAGAUCUCCCUCAACCCCGUUAAACAGCGUAGACCUUUCUCGGAAGACGAAGAGGUACGUCCCAAAAUCAAGAAGUGGAAAGGUGUGCGCUGGAAGCGCCUUCAUUUGGUCAUCACCAUUCGUAAGGGAAGCUCCAAGAAGGAGAACAGUCGAGAGGUGUCGGAACUUAUGGAGCGCCUGCGUAUCACACUCAGACCAGACAAGCUGCCACGCGACAAGCGCAAGUGCUGCUUUUGCCAUGAAGAAGGCGAUGGAGCUACUGACGGUCCAGCUCGUCUUCUUAAUAUUGAUGUAGAUCUUUGGGUGCAUCUGAACUGCGCCCUGUGGUCUACUGAGGUCUACGAGACGCAGGGUGGUGCACUCAUCAAUGUAGAAGUGGCCCUUCGGCGUGGACUUCGCACGCGUUGCGCAUGCUGCCAGAAGACUGGUGCCACCAACAGCUGUAACCGUCUCCGCUGCCCCAACGUCUACCAUUUUGCCUGCGCCAUUCGAGCACGCUGUAUGUUUUUCAAGGACAAAACCAUGCUGUGUACCCAGCACAAGCUGAAAGGCCCCAGUGAGGAGGAGCUCAGCAACUUCGCUGUCUUCCGAAGGGUCUACAUCGAGCGAGAUGAAGUAAAGCAGAUUGCCAGCAUCCUCCAGCGUGGUGACCGCAUACAUCUCUUCCGAGUUGGUGGGCUCAUUUUCCAUGCCGUGGGCCAGCUCCUACCCUCGCAGAUGGCUGCUUUCCACUCUCCCACGGCUAUCUACCCUGCAGGUUAUGAGGCCACGCGUAUCUACUGGAGCACACGUGUGCCAAACCGACGUUGUCGCUAUCGGUGUCGCAUCAGUGAGCAAGAUGGCCAACCCUUGUUUGAAGUACGCGUCCUAGAGCAUGGACAGGAAGAUCUACAUUUCCGGGACAGUAGUCCAGAUGGCAUAUGGAGCAACAUUGUGGAACAAGUUGCCAAGCUGCGUGAAGAUGCAGCCAUGCUGAAGCUCUUUGCCGAUCAUGUAAAGGGGGAGGAAAUGUAUGGACUUACUGUCCAUGCAGUGAUGCGCAUUACUGAAUCGCUUCCAGGAGUGGAGAACUGUCAGAACUACACGUUCAGAUAUGGCCGCCAUCCUCUCAUGGAGCUUCCGCUUAUGAUUAAUCCUACUGGUUGUGCACGCUCUGAGCCCAAGAUUCUCACACACUGCAAGCGGCCCCAUACACUGAAUAGCACGAGUAUGUCCAAGGCAUACCAGAGCACGUUUACAGGGGAAAUCAACACACCCUAUAGCAAACAGUUUGUUCACUCCAAGUCCUCACAGUAUAGGCGGUUGAAGACGGAAUGGAAGAACAAUGUGUACCUGGCUCGCUCCCGUAUCCAGGGACUGGGCUUGUAUGCAGCUAAAGACUUGGAAAAACACACUAUGGUCAUCGAGUACAUUGGUACCAUCAUUCGUAACGAGGUAGCAAAUCGACGGGAAAAAAUCUACGAAGAGCAGAAUCGUGGGAUCUACAUGUUCCGUAUUAAUAACGAGCAUGUAAUAGAUGCCACCCUGACUGGCGGCCCUGCUCGCUAUGUGAAUCAUUCCUGUGCACCUAACUGUGUUGCCGAAGUUGUGACGUUUGACAAAGAGGACAAGAUCAUCAUCAUUUCCAGUCGUAGAAUCCCCAAGGGUGAGGAGCUGACCUACGACUAUCAGUUUGACUUCGAAGACGAUCAGCACAAGAUCCCUUGCCAUUGCGGAGCCUGGAAUUGCCGAAAGUGGAUGAACUAACGGGGAGAGAGAAUGUGCGAGACAUGCCUUUGCUCCCUGGUGCCAGAACACUUCUUCUGCGCCAAAGCCUUGUUUUAACAUUACUACCCAGAUCAUAAGCUGUUCUGAAACAAGAGGAGGGCAAACGUUUUCCUCUCCAUCAGCUGAAAAGAAAAGACUUUUUUGUUCUUCGCAUCAGGAGCCAAAGCUUUGAAGAGAAUAAAAUUUAAAGCUACAACUCACUUUCUGAUGAGCUCAAUUGUUUGCUUGAAUCUUCUUGUUGAAACUCGCCUCUGCCAAAAGCACCUCCUUCCUACUUCCUCUACUGUUCUUCUCCAAUAAGCUGGCUGGAAUCAAUCCUCUACAUCUACCAAAAUGUCUGAUUCUGUAUCGUAUCAUAUCAAUACACUUAGGGUAGAACUCAGUGAAGAAAGUUUGUUUAAAGCCAUUCAGCAAGUACUCAAAAAUGAUCUAAUACUUUUAUCCUUGGACCUAUCUCUUAUUGGUUUUUUUAUUUUUUUUUUCCCCCCCUACCUUGUCACCCCAGACAGAAGUACACUCUCCCAUCAAGUCAGCAGUGAAGAUUGACAAAAUGGAUAUUGGCAAGACAAUCCUGGAGUGGCUCAGAUCAGAACUGUGUACCUAUUGUGAACAAGAUGGACGAUAAUAUAAAGUUUAAAUACUAUUUGACCUGUGGCUCAAAAAGGCACCAGAUGUUUUAUUAUAUUAAGUUUAAAGGUGGGUUUGGUUGACCCAGUCUACCUCAUCGAGUUUGUGGGAAGUGACUGUUUUUGUAUGAAACUGUUAAGUGCUACUGUGGAAAGGGGGAAGGGAGAAAUGUUUUCAUGGCAGUCACCUUUCUUGGUUAAGCAGGGAAAACUUAAGCAGCUGGUUUGCUCCUCUCUGUGUUGCUUAUUAUUUACGGUCGUGAGCCAUUGCAACUUCUCACAAUACACAACGACAGAGCCUCUACGACAGUCUUUCAGCACGAUCAUGCAUUAUUCAGAGCAAUUAAAAACCAAAUGGGCGUCUAAGUCGACGAGGCCGCUUAGUCGAAACGACUGUAGUUCUCAUGUAGCCAUUUUCCUUCCUGUCUGCCUAUUUGCAUCUAGAACUCAUGCUUUUUCCCCCCUUCUUUCUUUCUUUCUUUGAUUUAAGCGCACAACCAAAUCCACUCUUACCCCAACAGAAUGAGUGACAGAAUGACCUUCAAGUGACCCAGUGUGCUGUUUGAGUUUUUUUUUUUCUUCCCCCCCCCCCCAGACGUUUGUUCAAUUCAACACCCUUCAACUUGACAAAGAUUGAUGUUCAAGGCUCAUGACUAACCAUUUCUAACUUAUGAUGCAAGACUACUAUUUUGUUUGCGACAUUUUUCAUUUUAAUCCUAAAACCCGCCCCCAAUGUUUUAUAAACUUCCAUCUCAUCACUCCAAGCGACUCUUCAUAUCUCUCUCUCGCUCUCUCUUUUUCCCUUUGUAAUACUUAGUGGACUGUUGUAAACUUACUGUAGUGAGCCUUUCUCUGCCUGAGCGCGGGCAGGCUGUAUAAUAACCUGUAAUGUGGUGUGAGAACUGUUAGCACUGUUUUCUUGAGGCUGAAGCGAAGGCUGAGAAAGACUUCUUAAAAGGGCAUUUGUUUUUCAUUCAUAUUAAAGUAAUUUAAAAAAAAAAUUACAAAAAAUUAAUCUUCAGAGAAGGGAGCCGAACAAAGUCUCCACAAACCGCAUAUAACUUUGUUCCUUCCUCCCCAGAUGUAUGACCUCAUAUUAAAAAGUAAUGCAACUUGUACAAACUGUAUAUAUUGGGGGCAAAAAGCUGUUUAUCCUACCCCUUUUUAAUGAAUAAAAUCAAAAUUCUAGAGAAAUAAAAAUUGAUGGAAUAAGAGAAACCACUGGAUAUCAUUUUAUCAGAAAGAUUAAAUGUGUAUAUAUCUAUAAAUAUAUGUAAAAUGGAAAAACGAAGUAAUAUCUUGAUAUGUAUAUGACUCGGAGUGUUUGGUUUUUUGUUUUUUUUUUCUUAGGUUUUUUUUUUUCCUUUUUGUUUUUUGCAUUUACUUGUUUUUCUAUUAGCAUUUUUUUUUUUUUUUUGCUAUAAGACCGUAUACAGACAUAUACAAAAUAGUGAUGGUUAUCAUGUGUUCACCAAUGAUCCGGAUGAGUGUUUGAGGUGAAUGAGAAAUCGGAGAUGUUUGGUUUGAUAUUAAUCCUAAUACUUCAUGCAAGUAGAUCAUGUUUGGAAGAUGAGUGGUAGAAUGGUGCGUACUAGCGUAUGUGUAUUUAUGUAAUAUUGUUCACAUAGAUUUUUUUUCUUUUAAUAUUAUUUAUGCUACUGCUUGUGAAAUACCUGAAAUAUUGAAACUGGUCCUUGAAUUGGUAAUUGGUUACCAGUGGGUUUCUUUUUUUUUUAAAAUAAAAGGUUCCUGAUAUGAUACUGUUAUGAAAUGAGUCUCAUAUUCCCUCCCUGUAGAAGUGAAUGUGUUUUAUAUACUUGUGAAAUGGAAGCAUAGGCAGUACAUGGUUUGAUUUUCAUUUUCAGUGAUGAAUCCCUAAACUUCUCAAAGACAGACGUUCACGAUACUACUUCUGAGGAAGAAUAGCAGAACUGGUGAACCUUAAUUUCUUGUGUGUAUUUUGUCUUUUUUUUUUUUUUAAAUCUGACACUCACUGGAUUUUAGUUGAACCCCUACAUUUGGAUUUGUUAUAUUAAUUUAAAGCCUCCCUGCAUAUCUUUUAAUUUAAAUAAAAAUACAUCGCUGUUUGGAUUUUUUUUUUUUUUUUUUUUUUUAGCCCAGCCUACUUUUUUUUUUUUUCUUAAAAGAUGCUGCAUCUGUACAGCAGAGCUACUUCGAGGAAGAUGAAUAAACAUUUUUAUUGUAUGUGGCAUGUUUUGUAUGGAUAUAAUUUUGAAUUGUACAUAUUUUUGAUGAUGACAGAGGUUGCAUCACUUUAUAUACAGCUGCCCAUUACCCUUCCCUCUUCUGUUUUCUUUGUCUUUGCUUUAUUUCUUGUAAAGAAAAAUAAAAUGCAUUUUAAAUACA